AUGAACACAAAUAUACAAAAGCUGAAACUUGUUCUUAACAAAACAAAAUUUGGUAACAAAUCCUAUAGUCAUGAUGCUUCCAAGUUAAAAAGAAAUCCAAAUUUAGAAAAAUUAUACACAGGGGAUAAACAUGAUUUUAGCAAAGUUAUUUUUAAAAAAGAACAAAUAGAGGACGUAAUAAAAGAAGUCAAAUUUGAUUAUUAUUAUUUUAAUGAAGGAAAAAAAAACAAAUAUAAAGAUAUACCAUUGAAUGUUUCUAUAAUUAAAGACUCCGAUUUACCACCUUAUAAGCCUGUUGAUGACAAAUUAAAUUUUUCUAUCCUUGAAAAUGACUUAAAAAUAAUUUCGACCAAUAAAAAUAGCGGAGUCUGCUCCAUAGGAUUAUACAUAAAAUGUGGAUCUAGGUAUGAAGAAAUAAGCGACAAAAUAAAUGAACAGGGAAUGAGUGUAAUGAUUGAAAAUAUGGCAUUUCAUAGUACUGCUCAUUUAUCCCAUUUAAGGGCCAUAAAAAGUUUAGAAAAAAUAGGAGCCAAUGUUAGUUGUAACGCUUUUCGAGAACAUAUUGUAUAUACAUGUGAAUGUUUAAAUGAAUAUUUACCAGUAGUUAUAAAUUUACUAAUAGGAAACGUUUUAUUUCCACGUUUUUUAUCAUGGGAAAUGAAAAAUAAUGUUAACAGAUUAAAUACUAUGAGAGCAAAACUAUUUGAAAAUAAUGAAAUGUAUAUAACAGAAUUAUUACAUAAUACAGCUUGGUAUAAUAAUACAUUAGGUAAUAAAUUAUAUGUAUCUGAAUCGAAUAUAGAAAAUUAUACAUCUGAAAAUUUAAGAAAUUUUAUGUUAAAACAUUUUUCCCCUAAAAAUAUGACACUAGUUGGUAUCAAUGUUGAUCAUAAUGAAUUAACAAAAUGGACUUCCAGAGCUUUUCAAGAUUAUGUUCCAAUACCAUAUGUUAAACAAAACGAAGUAACUCCAAAUUAUACUGGGGGUUUUGUAAGUGUUGAAGAUAAAAAUAUAAAAAAAACAAAUAUUGCUAUAGCAUAUGAAACCAAAGGAGGAUGGAAAACAUCCGAUAUGAUUACAUUAACAGUUUUACAAACUUUGAUGGGUGGUGGUGGUUCUUUUUCGACUGGCGGACCAGGAAAAGGAAUGUAUUCUCGAUUAUUUUUAAAUGUUUUAAAUAAUUACAAUUUUAUAGAAUCUUGUAUGGCCUUUAGCACCCAACAUUCAGAUACUGGCCUUUUUGGAUUAUAUUUUACAGGAGAUCCAGCAAAUACUAAAGAUAUAAUUAAUAGUAUGGCAUUAGAAUUUCAUAAAAUGAAUAAAUGUACUGAUGAAGAAUUAAAUCGAGCUAAGAAAAGUUUAAAAAGCUUUAUGUGGAUGAGCUUAGAAUAUAAAUCAAUACUAAUGGAAGAUAUAGCUAGACAAAUGAUGAUUCUAAAUAGAAUACUUUCCGGAAAACAAUUAUGUGAUGCUAUUGAUGCUGUAACUAAAGAAGAUAUUAACAGAGUUGUUUCCCAAUUUUUAAAAACCAAACCUACUGUCGUGGUAUAUGGAAAUAUUAGUCACUCCCCACAUUAUGAUGAAAUAUGCAAAAUGCUUGGAUAA